AUGAGUUCCUGUGAACCCAGUGGAACUCAGAGUACGCAGGAUUCCCCUGCCAAAACAGACGAAGAAUCGGUUGAGCCACCUGACUCUGCGUGUCUUAUGUCAGAUGCUUUGGAACCCCCAAAGCGAUCAGCCAUCCGCAAGGACAGCACUGGCAAAAUGUCGAACAAAAAGGUGAAGAUUAUUGAGCCCGCACCCACUCACCUCGCUGAUAACGACUCCGAGGAGGAUGAGAGUAUGUCUCAGUCUGCCGCUGCCGUUGUCCCGUCCUCGGAUGUUGUCACCACUGACGCCUCAUCCAACCCUGUAGAGGCCGUCAUCAGUGCAUCCACUCUCGGAACAACCGAAGAAACCCAUUCACCUUCAGUUGGCUCGACCUCAGCGUCCGCAGGGCUUAUGGUUGUCAAUGAUGCAAUGCAGAGUACCGGAGUGGCCGGCCAGGGUGUAAACGACACUGCUGCUGGCCUGGACCGCAAGAAAACGAAGGAAGAACGCAAGAAAGAACGGGAGAAAAAGAAAGAGGAGGAGAUGUUAAAGAAGUACCAGGCCGAACAAGAGGCCAAGCAGAAAGCAGCAGCCAAGUCAAAGUGUGGCCGAUGGAUAAAACACAAUAUAAAGAUUGGUGAGGGAGGCUACAAGUUCGUAUACCGUGGCUACGACUGUGUCGAGGCGCGGAAUGUGGCCUGGUGCGAGUUCAAGCCAGAACAUGUAGACACGAAAGAGAAGCGUCAAGCCAUGUACCGUGAAACAGAGAUUAUGCUUAAAAUGAACCACCCUCACAUUGUCCGUUGCUUUGAUGUGUUCCGAGAAUGGACAAACGAGGAGUCUCCCGACCAUCCGCUAGAAGAAAAGGGAAUUGUGAUUAUUCAGGAGCUUAUGGGUGAAGGCACACUAAAAAGUGUCAUUCGAAAGAACUUCCUUGAUGGUCAAUGCAUUCUUAAGUUUCCUCUGAUCACUCGCUGGUGGCAUCAGAUUCUCGACGCCCUUCGUUACAUGCAUCACAAAUUGGAGCCACCUAUUUUGCAUCGUGAUCUGAAAGCCGAGAAUUGUUUCCUCUACGGAGCCUCUGACGAAGAGUACCUGAACGUGAAGGUCGGGGACUUCGGUUUGGCCACACAUGUGGGAAAUAGUGGUCGAAAGACAAUGCUAGGAACACUCGGUUUUAUGGCACCGGAGAUUUUCGAUGAGAAAUACGAUGAAAAGGUGGACAUAUACGCCUUUGGCAUGCUAAUGCUUGAGGUUAUGACAAAUCGAACCCCCUACGAUGAAUGUGACACGAUGAUCCAGGUGGCUGCGAAGACCAUGUCGGGUCACGGGCCUGACCUGAUGCAAAAGAUAUCUAAUCCAACUGUUCGUAUGGUCAUCAGUGCGUGUAUCCACCCACUGGCCUGUUUUCGACCUACUGCUGAAGAGCUCUACUUUCAUCCCCUCUUUCAGGUACUUUGUAAUACUGAGUUUCUACCACUCAAUUCUACUUGA